AUGCAAACGAGACCAGCCUUUCUUGCGCGAGAAUGUUUCCUCUCUGCCUUUCGAAGUACCAUGAAUCACGCUGUAACAAAAUGCUUUAUCAUCUCAAAAAAUGUUGGGUUCCGAAAGACUCCCAUGCCCCGAGUGAUCAUAUCCAAGCGCCGAGCUCCAGGUGCAUAUGCGAUGCAAGUGAUAGUUUAA